GCCCGGCGGGGUCCGAGAGUGCGCGCCUGCGCAGUGGCGGCGGGCGCAGUCGGAAGCCCGGCGCGGAUUGCUGGGGAGACCCGGGACCACGGCCUCUUUCCGCAGCGCGCACCCGGCUCUCGCCAGCCGCCGGAGCUCCGGCCGCCCGGGCAGAGUAUGGCGGCGGCGGCCGAGCCCGGGCCCCGCGCCUGGCUCGGCGGCGGCUCGCCGCGCACUGGCAGCCCGGCUUCCAGCCCGGAUCUGGGCAGCGGAGGCCGCGCGCGGCUGGGGCCGAGGUCCGAGCCCGGGUCGGGGCGGGAGCGGGUAGGCGCCCGGACCCCGGGCCCCGCUGCACCGGGCCACACCUUCCGGAAGGUGACGCUCACCAAGCCCACCUACUGCCACCUCUGCUCCGACUUCAUCUGGGGGUUGGCUGGCUUCCUGUGCGACGUCUGCAACUUCAUGUCCCACGAGAAGUGCCUGAAGCAGGUGAAGACCCCCUGCACCAGCGUGGCGCCCAGCCUGGUCCGGGUCCCCGUGGCCCAUUGCUUCGGCCCCCGGGGGCUUUACAAGCGCAAGUUCUGCGCUGUGUGCCGCAAGAGCCUGGAAGCCCCCGCACUCCGUUGUGAAGUGUGUGAGCUGCACGUUCACCCCGACUGUGUGCCCUUCGCCUGCAGCGACUGCCGCCAGUGCCACCAGGACGGGCACCGAGACCACGACGUGCACCACCACCACUGGCGGGAGGGGAACCUGCCCUCGGGCGCGCGCUGCGAGGUCUGCCGGAGGACCUGCGGCUCCUCCGACGUGCCGGCGGGUCUGCGCUGCGAGUGGUGCGGCGUCCAGGUCCACACAGUCUGUUCCGCGGCGCUCGCCCCCGAGUGCUCGUUCGGGCGCCUGCGUACCAUGGUCCUGCCCCCCGCGUGCGUGCGCCUGCUGUCCCGCAACUUCAGCAAGAUGCACUGCUUCCGCAUCUCGGAGAGUGCGGUCCCCGAGCACGGCGAGGGCGACCCCGCUGCGGACGGAAGCGCUCCCGCCUGCCCGGGCAGAGAGGUGCCUCCGCAGGAGUCAAGGCCAGACAAGCAGACACUGAGGAUCUUUGACGGCAGCGACGCCGUGCAUCGGGGUCAGUUCCGCGUCAUCAGCGUUCCGCGCCUGGCCGGGAGCGAGGAGGUGCUGGAGGCAGCCCUGCGAGCCUACUACAUCACGGAGGACCCUGGCGACUUCGAGCUGCAGGCGCUCCCCGCAGCGCUGCGGUCAGGCGACCCCGGGGCCAGGGGCCAGGCCCAGAGCGGCGGGGCUGCGGAGGCGGAGGGCAGCAGGGGCCCGGGGCCCCCAGAGAGUGUUCCUGUGGCUGAGGCCCGGAUCAUCCGCGCCCUGCCCCGCACCCAGGACUUCCUGAAGGUCUACCCUGCCUGGCUCAAGGUGGGUGUGGCCUAUGUGUCCAUUCGCGUGACUGCAGACAGCACUGCUCGGAUGGUGGUGCUGGAGGUCCUCCCGCUGCUCGGGCGCCAGGCCGAGGGUCCUGAGAGCUUCCAGCUGGUGGAGGUCCUCAUGGGCAGCAGGCAAGUCCAGCAGACAGUGCUGGCUGACGAAGAGCUUUUGCUCGACCGGCUCCGUGACAUCCGGCAGACAUCCCUGCGGCAAAUGAGUCAGACUCGCUUCUACCUGGCUGAGAGCAGGCCCGUGGCCCCCCGAGUCUCCCUGUUCAUUGGCGGCCUGCCUCCUGGCCUGCCCCUGCAGGAGUACAGCAGUCUGCUGGACGAGGCUGUGGCCACGAAAGCUGGCCUGGCGUCCGUGAGCCACGUGUACGCCUCCCAAGGUGCUGUGGUGCUGGACGUGGCCUGCUUUGCAGAGGCCGAACGGCUGUACAUGCUGGUCAAAGACACCGCCGUGCACGGCCGGCCGCUGACUGCCCUGGUGCUCCCGGACGUGCUGCACACGAAGCUGCCCCCGGACUGCUGCCCCCUCCUCGUGUUUGUGAACCCCAAGAGCGGAGGCCUCAAGGGCCGGGACCUGCUCUGCAGUUUCCGGAAGCUGCUGAACCCUCACCAGGUCUUCGAGCUGACCAACGGGGGGCCUCUUCCCGGGCUCCACGUGUUCUCCCGGGUGCCCGGCUUCCGGGUGCUGGUGUGUGGCGGGGACGGCACCGUGGGCUGGGUGCUCUCUGCCCUGGAGGAGACGCGGCACCGGCUGGCCUGCCCAGAGCCUGCUGUGGCCAUCCUGCCCCUGGGCACAGGGAAUGACCUUGGCCGCGUCCUCCGCUGGGGGGCGGGCUACAGCGGGGAGGACCUGUUCUCGGUGCUGGUGUCGGUGGACGAGGCCGACGCUGUCCUUGUGGACCGCUGGACCAUCUUGCUGGACGCUCAGGAGGCCAACGGCACAGAGAACAGCGUGGCCGACCUGGAGCCCCCCAAGAUCGUGCAGAUGAGCAACUACUGUGGGAUUGGCAUCGACGCAGAGCUGAGCCUGGACUUCCAUCAGGCCCGAGAGGAGGAGCCCAGCAAGUUCACGAGCAGGUUCUACAACAAGGGCGUGUACGUGCGGGUCGGGCUGCAGAAGAUGAGCCACUCCCGCAGCCUGCACCGGGAGAUCCGGCUGCAGGUGGAGCAGCAGGAGGUGGAGCUGCCCAGCAUCGAGGGCCUCAUCUUCAUCAACAUCCCCAGCUGGGGCUCGGGGGCCGACCUGUGGGGCCCCGACAACGACUCCAGGUUUGAGAAACCUCAGAUGGACGACGGGCUGCUGGAGGUGGUGGGGGUGACGGGCGUCAUGCACAUGGGCCAGGUCCAGGGUGGGCUGCGCUCCGGCAUCCGCAUCGCCCAGGGUGCCUACUUCCGAGUCACCCUUCUCAAGGCCACACCUGUGCAGGUGGAUGGUGAGCCCUGGGUGCAGGCUCCUGGCCACAUAAUCAUCUCGGCCGUGGGCCCCAAGGUCCACAUGCUCAGGAAGGCCAAGCAGAAGCCCAAGAAGGCUGGGACCCCCAAGGAUGCCUGAGUAGGAUGCCUCUCCCUGAGAGGAACCCUAAAUAGAGGGGGGCUCCAGAAUGGCCUGGGCCUGCCCCACAGCGGCAGCGGCGGGCAGAUGUGCCUGCAGCCCUGGCCUUGGGCCUUCUGCCCCACGAGCCUGCCUCCCCACCCGUGACCCGGGCUAGAUGCUGGACGAGGGCUCUGCUGGUCAACCCUCCCCCCCAGGGCCCAGGGCCCAGGCCACCACCACGGGGGGCAGGUGGGCCGGCCUCCCUGUGCCCCUCCCCCCAACCGAGCCCUUUGGGCAGCCCUGGACCUCAGCUGGGCCCUGGGUGUGCCCAGCACUGACAUGGGGUGGCUGCCCACCAGCUGCUCUGACCUCCUGACCUUGGCACCGUGAGCCUGUCCGUGACCUGGGACUGACCGCACUGCGCAGCAGGGCCUGAGGCGGCCAGGCAGCUCGGCCACCACCCUGAGGAGCCUGGAGGCGGAGGCAGGGGUGGGCCAAAGUGCCUGGAAGGGACCAGAACUGAGUGGGCUUGGCCCAGGAAGCAGGGACGGCAGAAAGCCUGUGGGACCAGCUUUAAUCGCCAAGGACACUCGGCACUUUGUGUCUCGUUUGCAAACAGCGUGGCUGCUCCCAGUGUCUGCUGAGCAGACGGGACUUCCGUGGCCUCAGGCUGCGUGCUGCUGCCAGCUCCCCUCGGCUGAGCCUGGACCACCCACGCCUCAGACCCAGGAGGCGCCCGACCAAACCUUCGGCCUACCUGGGGAACCUCCGGCAGCCCCACUGUUGACCCUGGGCAGGCCUUUGCUGCUGACACCUCUGGCAGGGCUGCUGGCUUUGCCUCAACCUCAGAUGUGGCCCUGCCCAGCUUGUGCCCCCCUCGCCCCCAGCUUCUGCCAAAGCUGCACCCACAACGCACCAAACAGCUUGCGGUGUCUCGUGUGCCUCCAGGGUGUGUGGCCCGCUGCCUCGCCCCUGUGGUGCCCCCAGUCGGUCUGUGCCCUGUGGGCCCUGCUGCUGCUGUCUGUGGGGACCACCUGUGGGGUGUGGCUGGGGGUCCUGCCCUGCAGUCCCGUGUCCAUGCCCAGAGGCGCCUCCCGUGUAACCCACACUACGUGCACUGUGACUCGCGUCCGCCACAAUACAGUCCGGGCGCCGCC